AUAUUUUAUUUACUUAAUAUUACCCUCUGGGAGUGGGUUGCAUAAAAUACAAUACAAUGUACAAUGUAAAUGUAUGCUAUUUUUUAUGGUGUUUUUAUUUUUUCAUUAUUAUGUGGCUCAUGUUUCAGAGUUGCAUGCUGGGACAUAACAGUGAUGAGUGAAGUAUACGCUGUGGGAUUAAAACGUACCAUUUGGAAUACAAACAGUGCAUUCACAACACGCAGCUAUUUAAAUACAUUUGCAUGAUGACCAGCUGCGAGGGAAAUACUACUAAUCAAACCGGUUAUAUUAUAAUAACAGGUUUAUACAUAUAUGUUCAGGACUGAAUGGACCGGCUUCAGGAAUAAAUAAAGAACAAGGUAGUGACGGUGUUGGGCAGUAGAAGGUGAAAACACGGGUCUUGUGAUGGCGUCUGGUUCGCUUCCUGGAUGUAAUAUAAUCGGCGAUCUACUGACUACCCAUGAGAAAAGUGUCCUCUUCACUCUGCUCAAACCUCAGUGUAAGCUGAUCAAAACCACGGUAGCCCAGGUACUUUUGGCCAAAGAGUCCCAGGGUGAAACUCCAGCCUGGAGUUAUUUGGGUUGUGGCGUUCUGUGUCUCAUCGAGGAAAAUGCCAUUCACACCCACUUCCUGCGUCUCUACUGUGUCAAGCGUGCCAAGUUACUGUGGGAGCAGGAGCUGUAUGUCCCAUUCAAGUACAUUGCAACUCGCACAUUCUUCCAUACGUUCCCUGCAGAUAGCCACCAGGUAGGCCUCAACUUUGCAAAUGAGACCGAGGCAAAGGAAUUUCAUCUGGUAGUGAAAAAUGUCCAAAAAUACCAAGAAAUGACGUCGGUGAUGAGGGGAAUAACAAACUCUGUGAACGAAAACAAGUCAACAAGUGGUCCUCCUGUUUCAGGAAUUAAGCUACCGGACCAUUUGGACAGAGGGCAACACUUCCCUUCUUCACCAUCCACAACAACUGCACCAACCACCGGUUCAUUUAUGGAUCCGGACGCUACUUUGAAGAGGCUGAUUCCACCCAGAUUCACUGAGAACGGCCCGAAUGACAAAGACGUCCCUGACGCUGGCAGACUAAAGGAUGUGCACAGGGAGCUUAGGAACAGAGGCCAAUUAUCUCCGGCAUUGCCGAGAACUGCAACGGCAUCUGUUUCCCUCGCUCUGAAGAAAGGACCUUUGCCACCGGUGCCUUCCAGGAACGACCGGCCCACGUCCCAGCAGACUCCACAGUACUCAGACCCACUGAGUCAUGGUCCUCCUCGGGUUCCUCCUCCUCCACCUCCUCCUCCUCCUCCUCCUCCUCCACCUCCUCAAGCUCCCCUGGAGAGGAUCCAAAGGAGUGCGAGUUUCCAACCUGUGGGCUCAUCAACAGCUGCAGAAAAAGGUGAACGUAUUCUGACUGCAAUGAGAGAAGUAUUCAGACAAAAGCAGCUGCUCCAGUUGGGUACAGAUGGGAAUGAUAUGAAGCUGGAACAGUGAUGGGCACCUUUAAAGAAACAUUGAUUUCAAGUGUGCUAUGUACAAUGCACUUAUGAUGAGCCUUAUUUAAAAUAUGAGUGAUACAGAUGCUGGUUUUUGUAACUGUCUUCUACAAUAGGCUACGAUGGAUUAACCUGCUAUGUUGUUAUAUAAAAUAUAUGUGAUAAACCCAACCUUUGCCAGGUUUUUUGUGCCACUUACUCAAUUCAUCUCAGUACGACAAUACAUAUAGAAUCACACUGAGAUCAAAAGAGUGAGCUGCAUAAAAAGUCUCAGUUCAGUUCUAUGCAGCUGGCCUAUAGGCCAACACAUACACACAUUAAAGUAAAAUAAACAUAAAAUAAUGUGAAUCAAAAAGAUAAAAGUAAGACUAGAAGAUGAAAAAACACACAUGGUUAGUUAUAGUUAUAAUUAGUAAAAAAAGAAAAAUAAAUCAAAUAAAUAACGAUAUUCAGAAAUAUCUAAACAUUAAAGCAGAAUGUUUAAAUAUUUUACUUUGAUGCCGAUGACACAUUAAAAAAAGAAGUAUUUUUAACUGUGAGUUAAAGAUCACUUGAAGCCAGUGAUGAAAAUGGUAGAGGAUUAAUACAGCAUGCUCAUUGGUUCCUUAAUUAAUCAAACAAAUACAACAUAAACAUAAAUGGUAAAAAUAAAUAAAUAAUUUAUAUUUAAAUAAGCAGUUUAGUCAUUUAAGAAUCUGCACAAUGUGUCAACGAUAUGAGACAAACUGAGAUCAUAACUACAUUUUUACACAUUUUACGAGACAGGACAUAAAGCGAGUGAUUGACUGCAGGACUAAUCUUGGUUGCUAUCGUGCAAACGUGGUCCAAAUUAUUUUUUUACAAUAAAGGAAAUUACCAAAAUCCAACGCGGAACUCUUGUUGUCAUCGGAUGCAAUUUUGUUUUGCACUGAUAUGUAUGUUACUAAAAAUGGUACACGUGGGUAGAAGUAACG